AUGUCUUCUUUUCCCAUGUAUUCCUCUAUGCCGCGCAGAAUCGUCGAAGGGCCAGUAUCCCACGCCAAGUGGCCAUCAACAGAGUCGUUUCGAUCACCGGCGUCGCCCUGGGACGUCGACGACUCCACGGCCCAAACUGUCAGCAAGCUCAAUUCGGUCUUUGGUUUCCGGCCGCCAACCGGAUACAACUACUCCGUUGCUCUUACCCGCAACAAUCGCGCCGUCACCCUCAUAUUGACGGCAGGUAGCUCAACACAGUCGAGACAGCCCAACAUCACCUGCUAUCGGCAGACAUCCCUCCCGCUAGGUGGGCCCUUCGCCGAGUUUUUCAAGGCUUCCGAGGCCAUGGCUUUGUUGCAACACAUGGUGAACGCUUCGUCCAUGUCGUACCAGCCGUUUUCGAAACGGGAGCGGUCCGAAUUGAUGCUGCGCAUGCGUACUUCCGGUGACGGCAUGAUCCUCGGCGACCCGUGUUCUAAUGCCCGCGCAUGGACGAGCUUCUUCUCCGCCGAGCUCGGUGCCGGCAGGGCUUGGGAAGCGGGCACGGUCAUCUUCCCGUGGAAGGUUCUGGAGAAACUGAUGGGCUCCCUCAACUCCGAGUGUGCGCGGAAGAGAAGGAUGCAAGCGCGCGCGGCCGCCGCCAUAGUCAGGCGCGAGGCGGACGAGUACCCCGGCUCUCGGGGCCCGGGACCCUUCCGGCAUGGCCACGAACACUCUCCCGGCUGUCGGCAUGUGUCUCUGCGGCUCGCCGGCGACUCAGAGAUGUUGUCCUCCGCGCCCAUGUCCGGAGUCUCCGGUGACCGCAACUCGGCAUCCUCCACCUCGUCUCCGCCCGGGACGCCGACAGAAUUACUCCCGCCCAAGCUCCAGCUGGUGUCGGAACAGCCUCAGUCCCCGCCGGCACAGGUCCGACGCCGACGUCAGCACUCGGAGCCGGUCCGGCAACUGAGCCUGACGCCCCCGCGCAUCGCCUUGCUCAAGUCUAAGACCUGCCGGCAGAGCCUGCGCGGGCUGCACGCCGCUUCGUCGUCGCCUCGCCUCGAGUUCUACGACUCGAUACGGGCGUGGCCGGCCAGUUCUCACCUGACGCAGGUGAGGUUGCCGCCGUGUUCUCGGUUCUUGGAGAUGGUCGAGGCCGAAGGGACCGGCCUGCGCAGCCAUACUGUCAUAUGUGGCGAGUAG